AUGAUUUUAGGUUCUGAAAUAAAUGAGUUUGUGACAAAUCGUUAAAACUCAAAAAUACAAUUCCUUCAAGCAGAAAAUAAUCAACUCUAAGAAGACAUAAAAGAUCUUGAAUAAGCUUUAAAAUUGAAUAAAGAAGCUUUAAAAUUAGCAUAUUAAUAAAAAAAAAUACAAAACAAUUAAUAGAAUAACGUAAGUAAUAUAAAUAAUCAAACUAUAAAUUACUAAGAUAUUGAUAAUCAAAAUAAACUAUUUGAAAAGCUUUAUUAAGAAAAUAAACAGCUUUUAGAAACAUUAGAAAGAAUUACAAAAGAAAGAAAUUAAGCACAAAGCAAAGUUUUAAUAUAAGAAUAAGUAAAUGAAGAAAAUAUUAACUUUUAAAAAGAUAUAAUAAAAGAGUUAGAGGAUAAAGUAUAAGAAUUAAGAGUAAUUAUUCACGAUAAAGAAUAUACUGUUUAAGAAUUAGAAAAAAAUCAUACAUCAAGUGUAAAAGAUAUAGCAAUCAAAAUAAGAGAAAUAAUAACACCAAACGAAUAAUCAAUAAAGCUUUAUAGCGAGAUUGAAAAUCAAAAAUAUAACAUUAAAAAAAUAAAUGUAGAAAAUUAAAAAUUAGAUACUUCAAUGUAAAAAUUAAAAGAUUAUAAUAGGAAAUUAAAAAGAGAAAUAAUUAAACUUAAAGUUGCAAUAAAAAAUAAAAUAAGUUUUCGAAAAAUGAAAGAAUUCGUAAUAAAUGAUAGGCUUUAAAAUGGAGAUGAAGAUUUAUUUUUAAAUAAAGAAUAUAUAAAUGAUUAUUAUUAAGAUAAAUAAAAAGAUCGAAUAAAUAAAAAUCAGUAAUAAUGUAUAGGAAACUAUUAUAAUAAUUCAAAAAUAAAGCCUAAAUAAUAACUAAUUGAUGAUAUAACAAAAUUAUAAUUAUAGUUAAGAAAUUUUAAAAUAUUAUUUUAUCGUGAAAUGCAAAAUAGUAAUUUAAUAAAUAAACAGUUAGAUAAUCUUCAAAAAUUUUAAUAUUAAUUAGUAUUAACAAAUGAAACGAUUUUUGAUAGCAAUAAAUUAAAUUAGGAAAAGUAAGAUAAAAUGAAACAAGAAAUAGAUUAUUAUAAAUAAUAUUAUUAUAAAUUUAUUGAUAAUAUUAAAAAUAGAAAAAGAAAUAAUUCUAAUUCUUCUUUUAUCAUUGAAAAUAAACCGUAAUAUAUUUAUAAAAAUAAUAUUAAAAAAAUUUUAUUAGAAAUACUACUAAAAAUUAAUAUUCUUACAACUAAAAAAUUUCUUUUGUUUCUUCUACAAAUUAAUAAUAAUAAGAUAUAUAAGCACCCCCUUUACGUCCUAGAUAAAUGGUAUCUUCUCCUCGUCCUAUUCAAUAAACAUGCGAAAAUGAUGAAGUUUCUACAAUGA